GCGUGCGCACUGGGCAGACGGGGGCCGAAGACGACGUCCCCAGUCGCUUCCCGUCUCCCGCGACAGCAUGAAGACCGCCGAGGACGCCAGAGGAGUGCACAGCGAGGGGCCGCGGAAGCUAGGCCUCUGCCUCCUCUGCGGCCUGCCCGCGGCUGGAAAAUCGACCUUCGCGCGGGCCCUAAGCCACCGGCUAAGGGAAGAGCGGGGCUGGGCCGUCGGCCUGGUCGCCUAUGAUGACGUCAUGCCGGACGCGUUCCUGGAGAAGGCGAGCGCGCGGCCAUUGCCUUCAGAUCACACGCUGAGCGGGAGAGGCAUCCCCUUGGAGAAGCACAAGAGAAGUGCGACCUCUGGGCCAUCCCAGUGGAAAUUGCGUCGACAGGAACUGUUGAAGUACCUAGAGUAUUUCUUGAUGGCCGUCAUUAAUGGGUGUCAGAUGUCUGCCCCGCCCAACAGGACCGAAGCCAUGUGGGAGGAUUUUAUCACCUGCUUAAAGGGUCAAGAUCUGAUCUCUUCUGCGGCCCCGGAGUCCCCGUCUUGCUAUCUCUUAACGAAGACUGCGGUUUCUAGACCUUUGUUUGUGAUUUUAGAUGACAACUUUUAUUAUCAAAGUAUGAGAUACGAAGUCUACCAACUGGCUCGGAAACAUUCAUUAGGCUUUUGCCAGCUUUUUUUCGAUUGUUCUCUGGAGACCUGUCUACAGAGGAAUGGCCAGAGACCACAGGCACUGCCUGCCGAGACCAUCCGCCUGAUGGGAAGAAAGCUGGAAAAACCCAACCCUGAGAAGAAUGCUUGGGAACGCAAUAGCCUCACAAUUGAGAGUCCAGCAUGUUCUUCGGAAGCCAGCCUGAAGUUGACUGACUUAUUGCUUACUGCUUUGGAAAAUCCAGUAAAAUAUAUUGAGGACAAUGUGGAACAAAAGGAGACAGACAGAAUGAUGUGUUCAACCAACGUUCUUCAUCAGGCCGAUCAGACGCUCCGAAGGAUUGUCUCUCAGACCAUGAGGGAAGCAAAAGAUGAACAAGUGCUUCCUUUCAACUUGAAGCUUCUAGCAGAAGAACUCAACAAGCUCAAAGCAGAGUUUCUGGAAGACCUACGACAAGGAAACAAAAAGUACCUGUGCUUUCCACAAACCCUCAACGUAUCAGAUGUUAUUUCUUUCUUUCAUUAUGAGAAAGAUAACAUUGCCCAGAAAUAUUUCUCAAAGCAUUAAAACUUCUGACCUCCCAAUCAAAUAUCCAAGUUUGGUUGAGUUUGCAAAAUAAAACAAUUUUAUAUUCCUGGAUGUUUUCUAGGCCAGUGAUGUGAAUUGCCAAAGACUUCUUUAAAAAAAAAAAAAAAAGUCCGUUCUACAGACCCACCUAUCGUAGCAGAAGUUACUUCAGUCGGUAGCUUGUCAGCUGUGCCUGGAGACCUGAGCAUCAGGGUGGGCCUCCUCGUUCACGUGCCCGGGGUCUUCGCUGAUCGGUCAGUCAGUACAGCGGAGGAGGAGGAAGACAAGACGCGGAUGUAUGGAGCUGGUUUUGGUUUUAACCCAUGUGGCAGAUCUUCUCACGGGUAAGGCAGCUACAAAUCCAAACCAAUGUAGCCAUAAAACUGCUUUUUAAAUUAAGUUGACAUACUGGAAAAUUAAAAACUAAUUGGAUUCUAGUUUUCAAAGAAGAAAAAUCGAGAUCGAUAGAAAGUGUUAUUUUUUUAUUCAUGUAUUACAAAAGCAAAGCUUCAUUCACAAUAAGAACUAGAUAUGGUUAAUUCAGCAUCGAGCGGCUCUCUGGAAUCCCUAAACAAUAUAGUGGUUUUGCAACCAUACUCAAGUUUUAUGUUUUGCAUAUAAAAUAUGUUCUUUACAUCAAAGUACAUAUUAACAAAAACAAGUUGUAGAAAUCAUAUACCCUCUAAUAAGAUUAUUUAAUGAAAAAGUCCUUAGGGAAUUUCUUUAAAAAGAAUACAUCCACUUGAUAAAUAUUUUUGUAGAACUUGAAGUUUAUCUGAACAUUUUUUAAGUAAUAUCCCCUUUGUCAAACAAUUCUGCAGAUAAAUGGCAAGCACUUAUUUCUAAAAUGAAAUAGCACUGGAAAAUAUUCAAAGUAAAAGUCUAGCCUUUACUUGAAUUUCAAGAAGUUGUAGCUACAUGCUAGAUUAGUAAAAUCUGAAAUGAAAUUAUUCCGUUAAUCUCUUCACAGUUUCUUAAAAAAAUAUUAGUAGAGAUAAAUUAUUACCUAUGAACUUUAAAAAUCUAAACUUAUGUUCACGGAACAAAAAUAAAUUUAGUUUCAGAACAUUGCCUGUUCACAGCAAAGUACUAUAAAUACUUCAUGUUCAACUUUUCCUAGCAGCUCAUUUCUAUAAAAUAUUUGAUUAAAAAUAAAAUGGGAGAAACAUACUCAACACUUAAUGGAAGAUAGUAUCAUCUUUCCAUGUAUUAAUUUUAACUCACAGAAAAUUUAAAUAAAAUCCUAAAUCUUUUUUAAAAAUACAAUACUAAAAAAGUUUAUAAGGUAGAUUUGAUUCAAAACCUUUAGUGCAUUUAGAAUUAAUUGUAGCUUUCAAGCACUGAUGCCUUUGGAACACGGACUGUGCUCUUUUAAGUCCUAGGAAAAUUAGAAUUCUAAUUUUAGCUUAUAAUUAUAAAAAAAAGAUACUUUCUGUUUAAAUUAAAAGGUACCUUCAAAACAUGUAUCUUUAGUUGUCAGGAAAAAAAGUGUUUGUCACUAUUUGGCCCAGAAUAUAGAGUUAAUAAACUGGUUUCAAUGAGAGAGUCCUUCCUCUUUCUUUAAUGAAAUCUCUCAUUUUCAAUCUUAGGAGUAUUGCUUUCGUUUGAAGAAUAAAACCGAGAAGAGAACAAUUCCAAGAGCAUCCAAGUGAUGGCAGCCUGCCUCCCCUGGCGAUAAAUCAGCACUAGAGCCAAGGCAGACCUGGAAAUGGGGGCAUUAAAGCAGAUCUGAGCAGUGAGGGAGGGGAGCAACAGAGAAAGUCAGUUGUAGAUUCGCAAGCCUCAGAUUUGACCAGGAAGACGGUUAUUGAUGGUUUGGACAGACUCCUUGCUGCUCUCUGAACAAUGCCGCUGAGAUUAGUUUUGAUUGGAUAGGAAACCACAAGACCUCGUUUUACUAGCUUCCGUGCAUUUGGAAGGGAGGGCAGAAGGUCCAUUAACUUGGCACUUGGGGGUUCUGUGGACAUACACUGUCAAUAUUUCCCUUUUAGUUACUAUA